CGUGUGGGAGGCGUGAACCGAGCCGGGAAUAUCCAGAACCCUCUUCAACAAGACUUCAAACACGACAACAACAACAAAAAAGUCCAACACUUCAACAGCAGAGCUAGAAGUAGCAGCGGGGUGGAAGCGGCACAGACUGGGGAUCAGAGUUUACCCAUUGGGUGCUCCUGGCAGACUGGGAUCCACAGAGUGCCUAACAUCACGUCAACCCAUCUGAUCGCCAGAGUCCGCAGAACAACUGCAGCCGAGAAGCUCUGACAAAUAUAAAGGUUCAGUACCAACUCACCAGUGAUGUCUUUGCCACGAACGCUUGGUGAACUUCAGCUGUACCGUCUCCUCCAGAGGGCCAAUCUCCUGGCAUAUUACGAUAUGUUCAUUCAGCAGGGAGGGGAUGACGUGCAGCAGCUCUGUGAGGCUGGGCAGGAAGAGUUCUUGGAAAUCAUGGCCUUGGUUGGUAUGGCUACUAAGCCUCUCCAUGUCCGAAGGCUACAGAAGGCCUUACAGGAGUGGGUGGUUGACCCUGCCAUUUUCAACCAGCCUCUAGCCUCUGUUCCAGUCAGUAGCAUCCCUGUAUUUAAACUGUCAAAUGCAUCUUCACAGGAGCCAAAGAAGAGGUCAGUCAGUAAUGGCAGAGGCACUUCUGCUGAAAUGCAAGUCAAGCAUCUCCAGACUUUCAUCAGUGCAUCAGCAAGGAGCAUCAGCCCUAACUCCUCAUCUGACAACGGGGAGAAGAAUUCCCUAGUGCAUGUUUUGAGUGAUGACCGGGUUUGGCAAGGGUGGCACAUGCCAGAGACUGACAGCAGCCUCACCGAGGACCAGGUUCUCCCCACAUCUCCUCAUGAGAAAACAUAUAAACUGGACCUUGACACAGUCUGCGCGAUUGCAGAGAGCGUCAGGCACAUGAUGAAUACCUUUCCCAAAAGCCAUCCCAUGGAACUUUUGAGAUUGAACAAGCUGGCAAAAUCCAUGGGUCACAACUUCCAGAUGGAUAAUAGUAAUCCCAUUAAGAAGGAAAUCCAGAAAUACAGAACGAUCUGUGUGCGAUUUGACUCCAAGCGCAGGGACCGCAAACAGCUGAUAAAGCAUGAGGUUGGGAACUGAUUACAGUACAAGUAAUGUAAAUAGAGGCAGUUAUGACAAAAGGCGAGGGACAGAGGGUGGACACAGUUUAAUAAAAAUACAAUUACAGGUAGGGGGAUUAAAGGAAUGCUCUGAUAGUUGACAAUCAUUGUAAAUACCCACUCCCUUCAAACUUUGUACUAUUGUGUAUCAGUGCUGCUAUUGUGAAAUAAAGAGAAAUAUACUGUA